AUGGAUUACACGUUGUUGGUGGUGACUCUGCUAACUGCGUGUUCAGCGUUGGAUAUUAAACUAGUGGACAAACGCGAAGUAAAAGUGCGACUCGAAGACAAUUUUCACACGGGUCUUAACAUAAUAUUAGUCCGAAGGGGUAUUCGUCAGGUACUAUCCGUAAUAGGCCGCAAUACUGGGGUUGUCAACGGAACGUCCGUAGAUGGGGAUGUGGUUAUUCAGUACAAUAAUGGUACAAGCGUAACUAUCAGUUCUAAGGAAGCGCCUAAUGGCCAUGUCAUCACAUUCAGAUGGAAGGCAUCUAAAAGUCAACGAUUGGAGGAUUGUGUCAAUAUAGGUAGUCACCACUGGUACGGAGGUCCAGAACAAAAACGACAGUACUGGCCUAUAGAACGUCUGCUUCUCCAAGAUUAUUCCUUCGUCAGCAAAGAGGCUGACAAUUGCGCUGUCGCCGAACCAUACUGGCUUAGCUCUGAUGGCAUCUUCUACUACUUUGACAAGAAAGUUCCACUAUUCGUAGACCAGAAUAAUAUUAACAAACAAGCUGCAUGUUUUUACUCACACAUCAAACCACCAUACUCUGAUAAAAGAGAAGUAAAUGAGUUAGUAUACGCCUUGGGUAUAUUUGAAAAUCCUCGCACUGCACAUGAAUAUGCAGUUCAGAGGUAUUUAAAACAUCCAAGUGGCAUACCCGAUGAAAGAAUGCUGACAUAUCCAGUUUGGUCCACAUGGGCUCGUUAUAAGAGGGGUAUCAACCACGAUACAGUUAUGAAGUUUGCAAGUGAAAUAAAAGAUAAUGGUUUCCCGAAUAGUCAUAUAGAAAUUGACGAUCUGUGGGAAGUAUGCUACGGUUCACAGACUGUCGAUGUACGGAGAUUCCCUGAUAUGAAGAAUACGGUAGACAACUUGAAGAGUAUGGGAUUUAGAGUGACCAUUUGGACUCAUCCAUUUAUCAAUAAGAAUUGUGAGCCUUGGUAUACGGAAGCUGUUAACAAAGGGUAUCUAGUUACAUCUGAAUACGGUUCAGUAGAGACGAGCUGGUGGAAUGACAAUGCCACAAGCACUGCUUAUAUUGACUUCACCAAUCCUGAAGCCCGUGUUUGGUAUACGGAGAGACUGAAGACUCUUCAGACUGAAUAUGGAAUUGACAGCUUCAAGUUUGAUGGCGGGGAAAGUGGCUGGGCACCACAGAUUCCAGUAUUAAAAGGCGACAUCAAUGACCAGCCUGGCGUGAUUACAGCUGACUACGUGCGGACAGUCGCACAGUUCGGUCCGUUGGUAGAAGUCAGGACUGGUUAUAGGACUCAAGACUUACCCGUAUUCAUCCGAAUGAUAGACAAGGACAGUUACUGGACAUUUGAAAAUGGUCUACCAACGGUCGUCACUACUCUCCUUCAGCUGAAUAUGAACGGAUACCCAUUUGUGUUGCCAGAUAUGAUUGGUGGAAACGGGUAUAAUGAACCUCCGUCAAAGGAACUCUUCAUACGAUGGUUGCAAGCGACAACGUUUAUGCCUAGUCUACAGUUCUCUUAUGUACCGUGGGAUUUUGACGAUGAGACCGUACAAAUAAGUCUCAAGUUUGUAAAACUCCAUGAAGAAUUCGCACCAAAGAUCAUAGAGGCGUGUCAGAAAGCAUCGCAAGACGGGUCUCCAGUAAACCCUCCCAUAUGGUGGAUUGAACCUAAUAAUACUGAGACUUACGAUAUUUGGGACCAAUAUUUACUUGGUGAAACAAUAUUAGUAGCACCAGUAAUAGAACAUGGCGCAAGGCAACGUGACGUAUACCUACCGAAGGGUUCGUGGCAGGCCCAAGGCGACCCUUCUACGAUUUUCGAAGGCGGUGAUUGGAUACGAGGAUAUUCAGCACCAUUGGACGUCUUACCAUAUUUUAUUAAAGCUUAA